AGUAGCAACGCUAUGCGAAGUAAGACAUUUCUCACUGCGUAGCAUUUGUUGUCAUAAAACAACGUCAAAACAUAAACAGUGACCGGUGUUCAAGAAAAAUAUCGUUAAUAUUUGUGUUGAUUUUGCUGUGUAUUUGUGGAUUUAUUAAAUAUGGAUAAAACGACAGAUUUAGGUUCCAACAGAACUGUCAGUUCUAAAAAGUUCCCAUUUACUUCGGUUGAAAGAGAGCUGAUUGUAAAACUGGUACGGGAGCGGCCUGUGAUUGAGGACAAGCGUACAAACGCGAGGAACAUUGAAUUGAAGAAGCAAGCAUGGGAGGAUUUAACAGUGGUGUACAAUUCUCAACCUUACGUCUCACGAAGGCACACUCAUCAGUUAAAAAGAUGCUGGGAGAAUAUAAAGACCCUAAGAAAGAGAGAACUGAGGCAGAAGUCAAGUUUGAAACGCACUGGUACACACCCUGAUGAUAGUUCCGCAGUGUCUGAUAACUUCGUAGACACAAUCUGUCCAUUUAGUAAUGUAGGAGUCCCAGGAGUAAUUGAUUCAAAUACAAUUGAAAUGAUAGUCGAUACUCAUGAACCAGAGUGUACGACGAAGCUGGAACCAGAUAAUCGAAGUCCAUCUAUAACAGACAUUGUACUGGAGAGUGAAAGUAUAUUAAAUGAAAACACUAACGACUCGAGGAAAAUAACAUCAGUGGUGACUGAAAAUGGACUAGAUGAGAGUGUUUCUUCCGAGCCAAAUAUGAUUUACAAUAACGAAAUCUUCUCCACACCCACAAGUAAAAAGAAACUUGAAAGUGAAAUUGAAGCUAGAAUCAAACGCACUACAAUCAAUAUGCAACAUGACCAGGAGUUACAUGAGUUGCGGAUGAAAAGGGAGAAGAUUUUGCUAGCCAGAGAAAGCAAUCUAUUACAAUUUGAAAAAAAAAUACAAGAAUUGCAAAUUCUAAAGGCUAAAUUAGAAAUUCAAUUGUUAAAUAAACAGUUUAGAAAUAAAACUUCUUGAUAUUGCGAAAUGUUUUAUUUUUUGGAAACUAGCAAACCCGGCGAAAUCUGUUUUGCCACCGCGGCUUCGCAUAUUUUUGUAUCAGAGAUGUCCGUUUUUCUCUUGGAUUUUUUUAUGAAUUUUCUUUGCUAUAAACCUCACGGAGCCCGAGACCUUUCUAACGAAUGCAAAACCGUAGAAAUCGGUUCGUGCGUUCUGGAGUUAUAGCGUCAGGACGGAAAACCCG